AGCCUGUUCACUCCCGGCGUCUUUCUACCGCCUUGUUUCUAGCAUGGUGCUGCUUUUGCAGAGAGUGCCAUGGGGGAAGCGGAGAAAUUUCACUACAUCUACAGCUGUGACCUGGACAUCAACGUGCAGCUUAAGAUAGGAAGUUUGGAAGGGAAGAGAGAACAGAAGAGUUAUAAAGCUGUUCUAGAAGACCCAAUGUUGAAGUUUUCAGGACUGUACCAAGAGACAUGCUCUGACCUUUAUGUUACUUGUCAAGUUUUUGCAGAAGGGAAGCCUCUGGCUUUGCCAGUGAGAACAUCCUACAAAGCAUUUAGUACGAGAUGGAACUGGAAUGAAUGGCUGAAACUGCCAGUUAAGUACCCUGACCUGCCCAGGAAUGCCCAGGUGGCCCUCACAAUAUGGGAUGUGUAUGGACCAGGAAAGGCAGUGCCUGUGGGAGGAACAACGGUUUCACUCUUUGGAAAAUACGGUAUGUUUCGCCAAGGGAUGCACGACUUGAAAGUCUGGCCUAAUGUAGAAGCAGAUGGAUCAGAACCCACAAAAACUCCUGGCAGAACAAGCAGUACUCUCUCAGAAGAUCAGAUGAGCCGCCUUGCCAAGGGUGAGAGCACGAGCCAGAAGAUAGACGGAGAGGGAGAAACAGGGCUGAAACGAAUGCUGUUUCAUAUUUCACCUUAUGCCCGCAAUGAAAAACAAAUAGUAAUGAGUAUAAUAGAAAUGAUAAAUGAGAGUGAGAAACGAAGUUCUAAUUUCAUGUACUUGAUGGUUGAGUUUCGGUGUGUCAAGUGUGAUGAUAAGGAAUAUGGUAUUGUUUAUUAUGAAAAGGAUGGUGAUGAGUCAUCUCCAAUUUUAACAAGCUUUGAGAUAGUAAAAGUUCCUGACCCUCAGAUGUCUAUGGAGAAUUUAGUUGAGAGCAAACACCACAAGCUUGCCCGGAGUUUAAGAAGUGGACCUUCUGACCAUGAUCUCAAACCUAACGCUGCCACAAGAGAUCAGCUAAAUAUUAUUGUGAGUUAUCCACCAACCAAGCAACUUACAUAUGAAGAACAAGAUCUUGUUUGGAAGUUUAGAUAUUAUCUUACUAAUCAAGAAAAAGCCUUGACAAAGUUCUUGAAAUGUGUUAAUUGGGAUCUACCUCAGGAGGCCAAACAGGCAUUGGAACUUCUAGGAAAAUGGAAGCCAAUGGAUGUAGAGGACUCCUUGGAGCUGUUAUCCUCCCAUUACACCAAUCCAACAGUCAGGCGUUAUGCUGUUGCCCGGUUGCGACAGGCAGAUGAUGAGGAUUUGUUGAUGUACCUAUUACAGCUGGUCCAAGCUCUCAAAUACGAAAAUUUUGAAGACAUAAAGAAUGGAUUAGAACCUACCAAGAAGGAUAGUCAGGGUUCAGUGUCAGAGAGUGUGUCAAAUUCUGGAAUAAAUUCUGCAGAAAUAGAUAGCUCCCAAAUUAUAACCAGCCCGCUUCCUCCAGUGUCUUCCCCUCCUCCUGCAGCUAAAACAAAAGACAGUUCAGAUGGUGAAAAUCUAGAGCAAGAUCUCUGCACCUUCUUGAUAUCAAGAGCCUGCAAAAACUCAACACUGGCUAAUUAUUUAUACUGGUAUGUGAUAGUGGAAUGUGAAGAUCAAGACACUCAGCAAAGAGACCCAAAGACCCAUGAGAUGUACUUGAAUGUAAUGAGACGAUUCAGCCAAGCAUUGUUGAAGGGUGAUAAGUGUGUCAGAGUUAUGCGUUCUUUGCUGGCUGCACAGCAGACGUUUGUAGAUCGGCUGGUGCAUCUAAUGAAGGCAGUGCAGCGUGAAAGCGGAAAUCGUAAGAAAAAGAACGAGAGACUACAGGCAUUGCUUGGAGACAAUGAAAAGAUGAACUUGUCAGAUGUGGAACUUAUCCCAUUGCCUUUAGAACCCCAGGUGAAAAUUAGAGGAAUAAUCCCAGAAACAGCUACACUAUUUAAGAGUGCUCUUAUGCCUGCACAGUUAUUCUUUAAGACAGAAGAUGGAGGCAAAUACCCAGUUAUAUUUAAGCAUGGAGAUGAUUUACGCCAAGAUCAACUUAUUCUUCAAAUCAUUUCACUCAUGGACAAGCUGCUACGGAAGGAAAAUCUGGAUUUGAAGUUGACACCCUACAAGGUAUUAGCCACCAGUACAAAACAUGGCUUCAUGCAGUUUAUCCAGUCAGUUCCUGUUGCUGAAGUUCUUGAUACAGAGGGAAGCAUUCAGAACUUCUUUAGAAAGUACGCACCAAGUGAAAAUGGGCCAAAUGGGAUCAGUGCUGAAGUUAUGGACACCUAUGUUAAAAGCUGUGCUGGAUAUUGUGUGAUUACAUACAUACUUGGAGUUGGAGACAGACACCUGGAUAACCUUUUGCUAACAAAAACAGGCAAACUCUUCCACAUAGACUUCGGAUAUAUUUUGGGUCGGGAUCCGAAGCCUCUUCCUCCUCCAAUGAAGCUGAAUAAAGAAAUGGUAGAAGGAAUGGGGGGCACCCAGAGUGAGCAGUACCAAGAGUUCCGUAAACAGUGUUACACGGCUUUUCUCCACCUUCGAAGGUAUUCUAACCUUAUUUUGAACUUGUUUUCCCUGAUGGUGGAUGCAAACAUUCCAGAUAUUGCUCUUGAACCAGAUAAAACUGUGAAAAAGGUUCAGGAUAAAUUCCGACUCGACCUAUCUGAUGAAGAGGCGGUGCAUUACAUGCAGAGUCUGAUCGACGAAAGUGUCCAUGCUCUCUUUGCUGCAGUGGUAGAGCAGAUUCACAAGUUUGCCCAGUACUGGAGAAAAUGAAACUGGAUUUGGCACAUCAGGAUGUUUGGCUCUGUAAGAAAACUACUUUAGAAGCAACCCCUCUAAAAGGAAGACUUCAGAGUGACAAGGAAGAGAACAUUUGUGAUCUUCAAGAUACCGUAUAUCCUAAAUGUUACAUGGUGCCUGAAUUCUGUUUCUUUGGAUGUCAUUGCUCCAAUAUGGUCUUGAAGGGUUUGUUUUGAAAUAUUGUAUAUAUUUAUUUUCAAAUGUACACAUUGUUAAUAAGUUAAGAAUUGAGAAAUUUGUUCCAGGAUCAUGUACAUAUUAUGAGAGUUCUGGAAGAAUUUUAUGUUGAAAUAGUAAAACAUUUUAGUCUUUGAGUUUGAAAUGUCCUGGGUUGUUGUUGUUGUUGUUGUUUUUUAAUCAUCUCUUCACGUCAGGACAGUAGUUACGAAUUUGGAUUAAUUGUCUCAGUCAAGAAGGGCGUUUUUGGUUUGUCUCUCCCUACCCCCUUUCCCUCUCUUUCUCCCCCAACUCAUGUUUGUUUUUGCCCAAGCUGUAAUAUUUUAAGUUUUGCAUAUUGUGGCUCAUUCUUUUACAGUUCAACAAUUACGUAUACUUCAAAUAAGAUGUCAUUUUCUCUCACUUUUAAAUAUAUAUCUUAUUUGAAAACUAUGGUUAGUUCACAGUUCUCCUACCUUGUAAGUACAUAAAGCAGGAUAUGCAAAUGUAGCAAUCUGAAUUACUGGCCAAAGGGUCAUAAUGACAGCAGCUUUUAGUGUUGAGCCCAAGAUAUUUUUACAUAUACAUGUAAGCAUAAAUUGUCUUUCUGCAAUAAAUACAUUUUUGAUGCAAACUUA